AAGCAAAUCCUGCUUUCUACGUGAGAGAGGAAGAAAGAGGGGAAGGCUUGCUAGAGUGGAAGUGUUGGGUCUGAAAGGGACGGGGUUAUUAUUCUCGCUGCUUGUUUCCACCUCCUUGUCCUGGCUUGAGCUCGAACGGUAAAAUGGAGGCGGAAAGAUCCGGCGGAGUAGCGGGAGGAACGAACCAGAACGCUGGAGGGAGCGGCGUGGGGCGCAAUCCGAACGGGCCGAAAUCAGGACUCGGGCAGGCGACAACAACAGCGGCCGCGGCGGCAGCAGCAGGGGCGAUGGCUGGAUCGUCGCAGCCUCGGGAAUCGCAAGACGGGGACGCAGGCCUAUCGCUUCCUGGGAUCUUGCACUUUAUCCAGUUCGAAUGGGGACGAUUCCAGGCCGAGAAAUACCGCUGGGAAGCCGAAAGGGACGAACUCAGGGCUCAGGUGGCGUUCCUCCAGGGCGAGAGGAAAGGCCAGGAGAACAUGAAGCAGGAUCUGGUCAGGAGGAUCAAGAUGCUGGAGUAUGCCCUCAAACAGGAGAGGUCCAAGCAUCAGAAGCUGAAAACAGGGAGUGACCAGAGUCCAGAGGACAAGAGACCAGAGGAGGCCGAGCAAAUACCCAAUGGGCCUGCAGAGACUGACUCUGAGCCAGCCAAUCAGAUGUCAUGGAAGGAGGGUCGGCAGCUACUGAGGAAGUACCUGGAGGAGGUGGGCUACUCAGACACUAUCCUGGACAUGCGUUCUAAGCGGGUCCGCUCUCUCCUGGGCCGGACCAGCCCAGAGGCCAACGGGCCGGCCCCGAGCGAGCCCCCCCCAGACCCAGAGCCCCUGGCAGGGGGGGAGUCUCUCCUGGUCAGACAGAUCGAGGAGCAGAUCAAGAGGAAUGCAGGGAAGGAGAACUCCAAAGAGCAUCUUGGAGGCUCAGUGUUGGACAAGAUCCCCUUCCUGCACGGAUGUGAGGAUGACGAUGAGGAUGACAGCGACGAGGAGGAUGACUUCCAGGGCAUGGGCACAGACUGCAUCGACGGCUCCCGAAAGAACAAGAAGCCUCGCGUCAAGAUGGGUUUGGAGCCUAUGACCACAGAGCUGGACCCUGAGGAUGAUGAAGAUGAAGAUGACUCGGAAGACGCCCUCGGCGAGUUUGACUUCCUGGGCUCGGGGGAGGAGGGGGAGGGGGCAGGAGAGGCCCGCAUCUCCGGUGAUGGACGGGAGCUAGAGGACCGUAGGAACCAGCUCCAGGGCAUGAUGUCGGACUUCCCCCCCAAACCCUCCCCGCCCCCCUCAGUCUCGGGACAGUCUCGCUCUGGCGAAGGUGGCGCUCUGGGUUUUUCCUCUGACGUCUUCAUCCUAGAUGCCGUUGGGGGUGGAGACAUGAACCUGGGCGAGCUGGCUGACCUUACUGUCGCCAAUGACAACGACCUCUCCAUGGACAUGCAGGAUAACCGGGAGGAGUUUAAGAAGACGUGGAACCCUCGUUUCACCCUGCGGAGCCACUUUGACGCCAUCAGGGCCAUGACCUUUCACCCCGAACACCCGGUGCUCAUCACAGCCUCCGAGGACGGCACGCUCAAGCUGUGGAACCUCAACAAGGCCAUGCACUCCAAAAAGAACGCAGCACUGGAUGUUGAGCCCAUCUACACGUUCAGAGCACAUAGCGGGGCAGUGCUGUCUCUGGCCAUGGGGGGUGACGGGGACUUGUGUUAUAGUGGAGGUCUGGAUGGAACUGUGCGCUGCUGGAAGAUUCCAGACCUGAACGUUGACCCCUAUGACAACUACGACCCAGGUAUAGAGAACAGUGUGCUGGCAGGCCACGAAGACUCGGUGUGGGGUCUGGCGUACUCCGCCCCCCUCCAGCGCCUGGCGUCCUGCUCCGCAGAUGGGACUAUCCGUCUCUGGGAUCCACAGAACUCCUCCCCCUGCAUAUCUGUCUUCAACAAGGAAAGAGAGCACGGCACGCCGACAUCUGUGGCGUUCGUGACCCCUGACCCCUCCCAGGUGGUUGUGUCGUUUGACGGCGGCGAGACGCUGCUGUACGACCUUAACACAGAGCAAAGCAUCAUGGUCCUGGAGACCCAAACCAAGGACGCAGGCAGCGAGCUGAUUAACCGUGUGGUUAGCCAUCCCUCUGAGCCCAUCUCCGUCACAGCACAUGAGAACCGCACUAUCCGCUUCCUUGACAACAAGACAGGUAAAGUGGUCCACUCCAUGGUCGCCCAUCUCGAUGCAGUCACCUGUUUGACCACGGACCCUAAAGGCACUUACCUAAUCUCUGGGAGUCAUGACUGCUCGGUGCGUCUGUGGAUGCUGGACAACAGGACGUGUGUCCAGGAGAUCACCGCCCACAGGAAGAAGCAUGACGAGGCGAUCCACGACGUGGCCUUCCAUCCCUCCCAGCCCUUCAUCGCCAGCGCCGGGGCCGACGCACUCGCCAAGAUCUUUGUCUGAGGAAGAAGAGAAGGAGGAGACAGAGGAUGGGACCAUGCCAUCAUCAUCAUGCUUACAUGCCAAUGCAAACACGUAAACACACUUUUUUCUGAGACACAUGCUGAAACACGUACACACACACACAGACCGAACUGUGUCCUGCAGCCCACUGGUUGGGUUACCACAGGACUUCAUUUCCCCAUCCUUUUUUUAACUUGCUGUGAUACUACUAAUCAUUCUGCUUUUCAAAAAACUCACUGGGCUGCUCUGUGGUUGAUUAGCUAGGUCUGGACUAGACCGCUCUGCACUACACCACUCUGGUAUGUUCCCUAUAUCAGCCAGUUGCUAUGACACACAGUGCUUUGGAACUGGUGACACUAAGCAUGCCCGUGCAGACCAAAACCUACACACAUGCACACACACACUAUACUUCCUUGUUCUGUUAAAAGCCUGUUUUCGUUUUAAGAAACACAUCCGUUGCAAACCUGUGUGUAAGUUCCUCAACACUGCUCAGUGAGGCAGCGAGGGCCGUCAGUGAUACCCCAUCACCAAGGGGAAGCACACAUCUCCAAACCCUCCAGUGCUAGGUAGUUAGCUGGUCAGGGUGGGUAGGUUAGUCGUCUGGAUGGAUAGUUAUGCUAGUUAGCCAGGAUAGGUGUGUGUUCUGAGAAGAUUCCUUCACGGUGUAUGGAUAAUCAGCUUUACUUUCAUUCUCUUGGACCAGACUGAGUUGAAUGGUGUUCUAUGGGCCGGACAUUUCAUGAAUGUAUGUGUGUGUGUGUCUGAGUGCUUGUGGGAAAGAUGGCUUGUUACGCUGUACAAUAUGACUUAUAAACAGUCUUUUCUUUGCUUCUGAAGAUUCUAGUCUUAUCUUCAUCAUCAUCACUAUUAUCAGCACCUAUUGCGGAGGGAGUGGGGGAGGGAGAGAGGGAGGGACGGAGGGGACUGAACACUCCUACAGGGAACUCAUGCGGUAGGCAGGGUGUGGGUGUGUCUGCUCACAGCACUAGUCAUAUAUUGGUGCUAAGACCAUAUUAGUCUGAGUCUAAAUCAGGGACCUGUGUGUGUGCUCUGGUUCCUCUUCCUGCCCUGCAGUGGGCAACAGUUGCCCUGGAGUAUACCUCCUAGAGAGUUUAGUGGUAGGAAACUGUUGUCCGUGCUGUGUCAAAGGAGAAUGUGAGUGGGGGAAGUCCAGAGGCCUUCAGUAUAAAAGCCCUCAGGAUUGGCCUGAGACCUUUUCAGAACUAUUUUAAAACAUACAUUUAAAACAUGUUGGAAAUGCUAAGAGAGCAAAUAACAACACUAACCCCCCCACUCCCCUCAUGGAGAAAAUAAAGAGAGGAGAGAACUGAGGUCGAAGCCUGAAGCCUGGGCCCCAGAGGUCAGGGGUCAAGUGUUCCUCGGUAGCCAGCCCCUGGGGUCCUCACAGGUCAUUUGAAAGUUUUCUGGUCAAGUGUCAUUGGGCAGCUUUGUAGCUAUGGAAACAGUCUACUCACACAUAUACACUACUCUGCUUUGACAACUUUCUAAGAAUUGACAAAUCAUUGUGACAAAUCAAACAAAACACGAAAAUUAAGAGGAAAUUCGAAAGAAGAAAGACUGUUAACGGUGAUAAAAGAGAAGACGCCAUCAUGAUGUAAAUGUCAGUUUUCAUUUCAUAUGUUUGCAUUUAUUUUGAUUUUAGGUUAUGAUUAUUAAGGUGUAAGAAUACUGUAUUAUUCUAUUCUAAGUGAAUCAUUCUUUUUUGCUAGGCUUAGAACUUGCUUGUGAUUGACAAUGAUGAUGUAUAACUUGUAAAAAAGGAAAAAAAAAGGAAAAAAAGGAAAACCAAACCAAACAUUUGGGAAAAGAAGAAGGAAAACCCAUGAGUAGAGCAGUCAGAGGCAGGCAGGGGCUCCAGUGUGUUUGUGUUUGUAUUUUUUUUUAUAGCAACUUAUCACUGUGUGAUAUUUUGUACAUCAUAUCAAGCUGUAUUCCAACUAUGUACUCUAACUACAAGGAUAAGAGACCUGCUUUUUAUCAAUAUUGUUUCUAUUAUUAUUAUUAUUAUUUUAUCUAUUUUUUGAAAGGCAUUCUAGCUUGUAUCAAAAUGACCUUAUUCCCCCCCUCUUCUUCUUUGGUUUUGUUUACUUUUCGCAGGUCUCCUGUUGUCUGUCAUUAUUAAGAAAAAACACACAAAAACAGAAAAUAAAAGAAAGUUUUUGUACAGUGA